AUGUGUAUGAUAAACCCGAAUAAUAUUCUGUUGGCGCAACUGACCGGUACUGGUGGUCUUGCGAUGGGGGGUGGUACUCUACAAUUUGAUUGGUUAACAUUAACAUCUCAGUUAGGCUCUCCUAUCCUAACACCGCUUUGGGCUCAAAUUAAUAUUCUAAUUGGUUUUGUCCUUGCUUGUUGGCUAUUCGUACCCAUAAUGUAUUAUACAAAUGUUUGGAAUUUCAUGACAUUUCCAAUUGCAGAUAGUCGAUUUUUUUAUUUAAAUGGUAGUGUUUUUCAAUUACCUGGUAAUACUCAACAAGGAGCAGCCGUUCCUCUUCCAAAAGGAAAUCGAUUUGAAAUUUCUAAUAAUAAUACGCAUCCUCAUUUUUAUUCAACAGUGACAUUUGUUAUUGGUAAUUAUUUAUUUUUUGCAUCAUUAGCUGCUCUAAUUACACAUACAAUAUUUUAUUAUGGUAAAGACAUUCUAAAACAUGCCAAAACAUCAUUACAGCAUCGACAAAAUGAUAUUCAUUGUUUACUAAUGUCAAAAUAUUCUGAAGCCCCGCAAUGGUUAUAUUGGAUUGUCUCAACAACCGGUUUUGUUUCUGGAUGUUUUAUCUGUCAUUAUGGUAAAUUAAUGCCAUGGGAAUAUUUAUAUAUAUCAGUUCCACUUGGAAUUCUUAGUUUAUUACCAACGGGAAUUAUUAAUGCAAAAACAAAUAUUUUUAUUGAUUUAACAAAUGUAACUGUGCUUGUGAGUGGUCUUUUAUUGCCUGGAAAUGUAGCAGGUAAUUAUACAUUCUCAACCUAUACGUGGUUAAUACAAAAUCGUGCUAUGUAUCUAUUGAGGAAUUUAAAAUUUGCACAUUAUAUGAAAAUAUCACCAAGGGCUAUAUUCUCUAUACAACUGAUUAUUGCACUAUUAUCAUCGGCAAUACGUUAUUGUAUUAGUCAAUAUUUAAUGGACCAUAUUGAAGGAAUUUAUCCAUCUGAUGUAUUUGGAUUAAAUUCUUCCUAUUCCGUAAUGUUAUGGUUGAUUUUGGCUGGUGCUUUAUUACCAAUACUAUUUUGGGUAUUACAACGUUUUUAUCGUCACAAUAAGUUUCUAAGUUACAUUCACAUUCCAAUUAUGUUUACAACCAUAGGAGUUAUCUAUUUGCAAACAAUGUCAAAUUAUCCAUCGUGGCUCCUUGUGGGUUUUAUAUUCCAUAUGGUGGUGAGAAAAUGGUGGUGGAAUCGAUAUGCUCUUUUAUUUUCGAUUGCUAUGGAUAUUGGUAUACAAAUUAGUUUAUUCUUUAUUUAUUUCAUAUUUAAAUAUGAACAAAAUGUUUAUUUUCCUGAAUGGUACGGAACAGAUGGCGGGACGUGUCCUUUGUCACACGCAAAUUAUUACGGAAAAAUACCAUAA